UGCCCUGCUGCAAGUAACUACUGAAAAUCAGCUUGUUGCAUCUUAUAGUCAUCCACAAAAAUGCCUCAUUUUACAAGACUCAUUUUGUUCUUGUUUUGCUUUAUGAUUCUUGUGGAAAGCAGAAAGUCCAGGAGGCUGCUGGAAAUGCCCAGGCCAAGUCAUUUAUAUAAGAAGAACCUCGAUGUAACCAAAAUGCAAAAAGGGAAACCUCAGCCACUUCUCAGAGUGGACGACCAUGAUUUCACCAUGAGGCCCGCCUUUGGAGGUCCUGCCAUUCCGGUGGGUGUGGAUGUGCAGGUGGAGAGCCUGGACAGCAUCUCUGAGGUGGACAUGGACUUUACCAUGACACUGUACCUGCGGCAUUACUGGAAGGUUUAGAGGCUGGCCUUCCCCAGCACAAGCAACAAGAGCAUGACCUUUGACAGUAGGCUGGUGAAGAAGAUCUGGGUUCCCAACAUCUUCUUUGUUCACUCAAAAAGGUCAUUCAUCCAUGAUACUACCACUGACAACAUCAUACCAUGUGCUGUACAUGAGGUAACUUUCCAGAGGAUUACAGUCACUGCCAUGUGCAACAUGGACUUCAACCACUUUCCCCUGGACUCACAGACCUGUUCACUGGAGUUGGAAAGCUAUGCGUACACAGAUGAAGAAAUGAUGCUGUAUUGGAAGAAUGGGGAUGAAUCACUGAAAACAGAUGAGAAAUCUCUCUCUCAGUUUCUAAUCCAGAGGUUUCAUACCACUUCCAGACUGGUCUUCUACAGUAGCACACUGGUAGCUAACUUUAGCCAUGGCUGGUACAACCGUCUGUACAUUAACUUCACUCUGCGUCAUUACAUCUUCUUCUUCUUGCUCCAAACUUAUUUCCCUGCGACCCUCAUGGUCAUGUUGUCCUGGGUGUCCUUCUGGAUCAACCGCAGAGCUGUGCCUGCCAGAGUGUCACUGGUUAUCACCAAGGGGCUGACCAUGUCCACCAUCAUCACGGGUGUGAAUGCCUCCAUGCCCCGCGUCUCCUACAUCAAGGCCGUGGAUAUCUACCUGUGGGUCAGCUUCGUGUUCGUGUUCCUCUAGGUGCUGGAGUACGCCGUUAACUACCUGACCACAGGGCAAAAGCUGAAGGAACUAAACGUAUCUGACACCUCUCCUUGUGUUUGCUGCUGCAGUUCCCAUGCAUGGGUGGUAUCAAGAACCACGAUGCUGGAUGGAAGUUACAGUGAAUCGGAAGCCAACAGCCUGGCUGGGUACCCAAGAAGGCACAAUCUGACAGAAGAAGAAAGACAAGACAAAAUAGUGGUCCACCUGGGUCUGAGCAAUGAAUCCAACUCCUCCAGGAAGAAGGGGCUUCUGAAGGGCCAGAUGGGUCUUCGCAUCUUCCAGAACACUCAUGCCAUUAACAAAUACUCCAGGUUGAUAUUUCCUGCUGCCUAUAUAUUUUUCAACUUAAUUUAUUGGUCAGUGUUUUCUUAG